UUCUGGAGCUGCGCCCCGGAAGCGGAAGUGCGGUUGCUGUCGGCGUCCGGAGGGCAGGCUCUGUAGGGGGUUUGGAGGUGUCUCUUCCACUGGCCUUCGCUGCUCUCGACUGCGUCCUCUCUCGCAGGGUGGAGUUGGGGCGCCAUGAGCACCAUGUUCGCCGACACCCUACUCAUCGUUUUCAUUUCUGUGUGCACGGCGCUGCUUGCCGAGGGCAUCACUUGGGUAUUGGUGUACAGGACAGACAAAUACAAGAGACUGAAGGCGGAGGUGGAAAAGCAGAGCAAAAAGCUGGAAAAGAAAAAGGAAACAAUAACAGAGUCAGCUGGGCGACAACAAAAAAAGAAAAUAGAGAGGCAAGAAGAGAAACUGAAGAAUAAUAACAGAGAUCUUUCAAUGGUUCGAAUGAAGUCUAUGUUUGCAAUUGGCUUUUGUUUUACUGCUUUAAUGGGAAUGUUCAAUUCUAUGAACAUCAUAACUUUCAUCAUCACUUUACUGGAUUUGAUGGUAGAGUGGUGGCAAAGCUCCCUUUUACUCCCCUUUCCUACAUCCAAGGAUUGUCUCAUAGAAAUCUGCUGGGGGAUGACACCACAGACUGCUCCUUUAUAUUCCUGUAUAUUCUCUGUACCAUGUCCAUUCGGCAGAACAUCCAGAAGAUUCUUGGACUUGCCCCUUCACGAGCUGCUACCAAACAGGCGGGUGGAUUUCUUGGCCCACCACCUCCUUCUGGGAAGUUCUCUUGACAUGGAAAAUCUAUGCUCUCAGUCAUGCUUUUCAGUCAUUCAGAUGAGACUGGCACCUGUUUCCUAGCAGCAAGCGGUAGCCUUAUCUCUCAAGCCACUUUCUAAUUUAUUCUCAGAUUCAAUAAUGCUUUUGGUCAUUGGCUAGUUUUUUUUAAAUUGGUGUGUGGAUUUACUCAAUCCAGGUGAUGUUUGUAUCAUGAGAAACACACAGCAUCUUCUUGUUUUGCUCAUGUGUGGGUUUGCUAUGGCACUGCCUCUGCAGGCUGUGCAGACAGGAAACAUUUAGAGCUCAGGAAGGAAAAUGUGAUCUGUGUGGAAUCUUCAUGGAAACUGCUGUUUGCAUGUGUUUUUAUAAGCCAAAUAUAUGAUCUGAGAUGAAUAAAGUGGCCAAAAUUUUUCUUCCACAA